AUUAAAUCGCAUGCAAUUUGAGGUACAGCAAUUGGUAAUGCAACCGUAUAUAUGGAAAGCCAACUAUGGACGGCUAUCCUGACAGGGCUGGAUAACGCUCACUUGUCUCCCAUUCCUCACGUCGGUUCUUGCCUCGAAGUGAGCGUCGCGACGCCCGCGCUCAAUAUCUUCACCCCUAGCGGAUGCACAGGGGCCCAUAUCGGCAGUCGACGUACUAUACCCACGAUGGAGGGGAAUUCAUGACCGUGCUUCCAGUAAGUCCACCCAGAGCAGCGAAAUAGCACUGUCGACUGACAUGACCGCAUAGCCCAUGUCGACGCAGGAAGAUCUUCUCCAACAGCGAACAAUGACGAGCAGACAUUCAAGACAGAUCAAUUUUGGAUACCCACCGGAAAGACAUCAAAGCUACUGGAAUGAUGAAGUAGAGGUUGAGACGCGUCGUAGUCGUCUUGGACGGAAGCUUUCAGUACGUAAUUACCAUAGCCCACAACGACCGUCCCUUGACUGUUCUAGGGAAGAACAGAAAUUCGCGAAAACUGUACGACGCAAGCUGAAGAAGUUGGCAGAAAAGGUUACGGGCUGACCGUCAAGUUUGAUGUCGCUAGGCAGUAUGCAAUGAACACGACCACCGAUGACCGUUCCUACCUGUUGCUCACUCGGCAGCGCCCUAUGCAUAGAUACGAACGAC